GCGCUCCCUCGUUCUCGUCCGUCCUUGCCUCGACGAACCGAAUCGUCGUCGUAUUAUUGAUACGUUUUCCUUCGAUUCGAGUUACCGGAGAUCCGAACGAUCGUUUUGAAUAUUUUGCUCACAUUCCGCUCGGAUUUCCAGGUUCUUGUAUAUAUGUAUACCGUACGUAGCGCGGCCAGCGUUAACUACGAUUCGGAUAAAAAGAAAAUCGGUGUUACGCGGUUAUCGCACGGUUCUCUUCGAUGUCGCUCGUUUGACCGUCUUCGACGCGAACAAAGUCGGUUCUCGAAGCUCGCACCUGUUGCCGUCGUCCCGCUGGGUCGGAACGUCUCGAAGAGGAAAGACGAUCCAAGGCCACCGGCGCCCGCAAAAAAGAAGGAUCGUUUCGGGGCAGAGCAUCCAAGAUGGGCGUAUCGAGUUCCAAGGACUCGAGGGAAUCGUAUUCCGAGUCCACGCGUCGGGCUGUCAAAACGAUCCGGACCGUCAGCCAGACCGACGCCAAGCGAGCCGAGAUGUCGAGCCUUCGGCGGGACCGAUUGGGGCAACGCGGCCCCGGCGACGCCGUCUGCUCCGGCCUGCUUCGCGGGUUGGACCACAUUAAAAAUCCUCAUUUGAACAAGGGCAUGGCCUUCACGAUCGAGGAGAGGCAGACCCUGGGGAUCCACGGGCUCCUUCCGGCGGCCGUUAAGACGCAAGAGGAGCAGCUGGAGCUUUGCCGACUGAACCUGGACCGGUACACGGACGAGCUCUCCAAGUACAUCUACUUGAUCGGUUUACUCGACAGGAACGAGAAGCUGUUCUAUCGCCUCCUGACCGAGAACGUCCAGAAGAUGAUGCCGUUGGUGUACACGCCGACGGUGGGCCUGGCCUGUCAAAAGUUCGGCCUGAUUUACCGCAGACCGCGCGGACUCUUCAUCAGCGUCCACGACAAGGGGCACGUCUACGACGUGCUGACGAAUUGGCCCGAGCACGACAUCCGGGCCAUCGUGGUCACCGACGGCGAACGCAUCCUGGGCCUCGGCGACUUGGGUGCUCACGGGAUGGGCAUUCCCGUGGGGAAGCUCUCCCUCUACACGGCCCUGGCCGGCAUCAAGCCUCACCAGUGCCUGCCGAUUACUCUGGACGUCGGGACCAACACGCAGUCUUUGCUGGACGAUCCUCUGUACAUCGGUCACCGGCACGCGAGGGUCACGGGGAAGGAAUACGACGAGUUCUUGGACGAGUUCAUGAAGGCCGUGGUCAAGCGUUACGGGCAGAACACGUUGAUUCAGUUCGAGGACUUCGGGAACGGCAACGCCUUCCGAUUGCUGCAGAAGUACCGGAACGAGUACUGCACCUUCAACGACGACAUCCAGGGCACGGCCUCGGUCGCGGUCGCCGGCCUCCUAGGGUCCCUUCGGAUCACGAAUACGAAGCUGUCGCGGAACGUCAUCGUGUUUCAGGGUGCCGGCGAAGCCGCUCUGGGUAUCGCCGAGUUGUGCGUCAUGGCUAUGAAGAAGGAAGGAACGAGCGACGCGGAGGCCAGAAACCGAAUCUGGAUGGUCGACUCGAAGGGUCUGAUAGUUAAGAAUCGUCCAUCCGGCGGCAUUACCGAGCACAAGCUUGCCUUCGCCAGGGACGAUCCCCACUUGAGCACCCUCACGGAGGUCGUCAAAACCGCCAAACCGACCGUACUGAUCGGCGCGUCCACGAUCGGCGGGGCCUUCACGACCGAGAUCCUCGAGGAAAUGGGAAGGAACAACGAGAGACCCGUCAUUUUCGCUCUGAGCAACCCUACCAGCAAAGCCGAGUGUACCGCGGAAGCAGCCUACGCGGCUACCAAGGGCAAAUGCAUCUUCGCGAGCGGGUCGCCCUUCGAUCCGGUAACCAUCGACGGGAAAACUCUGACGCCCGGCCAGGGCAACAACGCCUACGUUUUCCCGGGAAUCGCUCUCGGCGCGAUAUGCUCCGGGAUGCGGUACAUCCCCGAGGAGACCUUCCUCGUCGCGGCGGACGCUCUUGCCAAGAGGGUGAAUGCCGAUGACCUUGACAGCGGCAAUCUCUACCCUCCGCUGCAGGAUAUUCCCAAGAGUUCGAUAGUAAUCGCCACGGAGGUCAUGCACUAUGCAUACAAGAAUGGCCUGGCCACGUUACACCCGGAACCUGAAAGCUACGAGGCAUUUAUCAAGGCGCAGCUGUACGAUACGUCGUACGCGUCGUCCGUGCCUCCGGUAUAUUCCUGGCCCAAGCUGUGAUCGCGAGUUGAUUUUUUUUUCUUUUAAAAAAUGCUUACAGGGGUGCGCGCAAAUUCGAUCCCUUCAAAGACGCGAUUGUCGCGAAUAUUUGCAAAAACGCUCGGGGAAAGAAAACGAAGCGUCGUUGAGACAUUUGGUUGGGGGUUUGCUGAAUCGUGUUCGCGCUCGCGGUGCGGGAGCAAUCCGUGAACGGCAGGAAUACGUACUCGUAUCUAUAUGAAUUACUUAAGUUGCAUUAACCACGUGGAGGAUGGUCUGGGAUAAAUCGUGCGGCAAGCUCCGUCGUGACGACGGCGGGGAGCCUUCUCUUUCGAGUCCGUAUCGAAAUUUCUACUUUUACGCCUGCUAUUACGAGUUUCCAAGUUGUAUCGAACGAAUAAACUAGCGACCGUUAUUUAAAA